AUGCCACAACAAUUCCUCAUUGUCCUCGAAAAAUGUGUCGAACAAGAUGACGGCAGCAAUGAAAUCUGGUCUCAAUUCAAGUGCAGCGACUCUGUUUUCGAAUAUGUUUUUGGAAUCGAAUAUCCAACAGGAACCACAGCCGGCGAAAGAAUUGCCAGAAUUCCAACCAGUGGCGCCAAUUUAGAUUUGUACGCUGGAAUUGAGAGAAUUUUCAAUAAGAAUGGACAAGUUGUCUCCAAACUUAAGGGAAUUAUGACAAAUGGUUCUUGGACUUUAUUCCAAUUGUUGAGUGAUAAGGGAUUCAAGUUGGCUGAACAACGUAAUUAUGAUGUUGUGCAAUUUUGUUCAACUCUUAAUGGAAGAAAGUUGGUUGAGAGAAUUUUUGUUAGAGAUUUGUAA